AUGGCCCAGUCUCGGGCCAACGGCUCGCACUACGCCCUGACGGCGAUAGGGCUGGGGAUGCUCGUCCUCGGCAUCAUCAUGGCCGUCUGGAACCUCGUCCCCGGCUUCGGCCCCGCCGACAAACCCGCCACCCACGCCGGGAACAGCAGCAAGCCCGACCGCGGCACCGGAGGCAUUUUGAAGAGCAAGACCUUCUCGGUGGCGUACGUGUUGGUGGGGGCGGGCGUGCUGCUGCUGCUGCUCUCCAUCUGCUUGAAUAUCCGAGACAAGAAGAGGCAAAGCGAAGAUAUCGCUCGCGUGCAGCACCCACCAUCUGCGGAGCGCUCGCACCAGGAGGACAGGGCGCAGGAGAAUCAAGAAGAGGACGAAGAUGUGUCCUCCCAGUACUACGUCCCCAGCUACGAGGAGGUGAUGAACGCGGGCUACUCUGAGCCCAGAGACUUGGACAGGAGCAACAGGAUGAGCGUCUCCCUGCCCUCCUACGAAUCGCUGACGGGGCUCGACGAAAACCCAGGCGCCGGAGCCGCCGGCGCGGAGCCCGGCACGGAGCGGCAGCCCGGCCGGCACAGCUCGCGCCUGAGCAAGCGCCUGAAGCCGCUGAAGAUCCGGAGGAUCAUCGAGAAGCUGCACUUGAAGGACAUCAGGCUAAACCUCGCGCAGGGGAACAGCACCGCCCCUAUCACGAUAGAGCCGCUGACCCCUCCGCCCAAGUACGAGGAGAUCCAGGAGAAAGCGCCAGAGAGCCAGCAAAUAUGACUUAAAGAAAAGAGAAAGCUGUGAUGCUGCUGGGUUGGUUUUUUGUUGGUUUUGU